UGGGGACCCCAAACAGGACACCAUUGCAGUAGUCCAAGCGGGAGGUGACGAAAGCAUGGACUAGGGUUUCUGCAACCGACUCCGAGAGUGACGGUCGGAGUCGUUCUUUAGAUGGAAAAAGGCGGAUUUGGUGACAGACUUGAUGUGGGAGUGGAAGGAAAGGGUGGAGUCAAAGAUGACACCCAGGUUGCGGACUUCAGGAGAUGGGGAGAUGGAGCAGCCGUCAACCUCAAGGAUGAAGUCACCAACCUUCUGGAGCAGCGCCUUGGGGGCCACAGCCAUGAGCUCUGUUUUCCUGCUGUUUGAGGUUGUUGGAGGACAUCCAGGUUUUGAUGUCGUGCAGGCAGUUGAUGAGAGACUGAGGGGGGAGCUGGGAGGAUGGAGUAGUGCUGAGAUAGAUUUGGGUAUCAUCAGCGUAGCAGUGGAAGUUGAGUCCAUGAUGGCAGAUGAUCUGACCGAGGGGGAGCAUGUCAAUGGUGAACAUUUAUUAUUAUUAUUACUCGGUACAAAGAUCUGUUCCUGCUCUCAUUGGGUCCAUGGUGGCUCUCUAACAGCUGCUUUCCCUGCAGGUGGAGACCACACCAUUGCAUACCCCAUCCUGCAGGCGGUGGCUGAGAAGCACGGCCCGGUGGGUCUGGUCCACGUUGACGCUCACGCUGACACCAGUGAUGUGGUUCUGGGGGAGCGGAUCGGACACGGGACCCCCUUCAGACGCUGUGUGGAGGAGGGGCUGCUGGACUGCAGCCGGGUGGUGCAGAUCGGCCUGCGGGGGUCCGGUUACUCCGCCGACUCCUAUGCCUGUAGCCGUGCUCAGGGUUUCCGUGUAGUGCAGGUGGAGGAGUGCUGGUUCAAGUCUCUGGCUCCCCUGAUGGAGGAGGUCAGGGGUCAGAUGGGAGGGGGUCCGGUGUACCUGAGUUUUGAUAUCGAUGCUCUGGACCCCGGCUUCGCUCCGGGCACCGGGACCCCCGAGAUCGCCGGGCUCACCCCCAUACAGGGAGUGGAGAUAAUCCGCGGCUGUCGGGGUUUGAACCUGGUGGGCUGUGACCUGGUGGAGGUGUCUCCCCCCUACGACACCACCGGAAACACGGCGCUGACCGGAGCUAACCUCCUGUUCGAGAUGCUCUGCGUCCUCCCCAACGUCAAAUACCUCUGAUUCUAAUCAAUAACAUCAAGUCUUCUUUAAAGAUAGAAAGAGGGUAACUCUGCAUCAAUUACAGAUGUUUCAUAAAUAAACAGUAAGUAUUGUUUACAGCCAAUGAGAGGACAGAUGCUCGACUGAAGAUGAUUCUAGUCUCAUAGUCUUUGAGAUGAAUUAUAAUAUCAUUCUGUGCUUUAUGAAUGAAAUAUAAAGAUGUAAUUAAAAUGUAAAAAGUAUCUAAUGAAUGUGCAAUAUUUAAAUAAAACACUAUAUCAAUGGAGUUACAGUUUAAUAAAUACUAAUAAUACA